AUGGAUGACAAAGAGAAAUGGGUGAACUAUUAUGUUUAUAAGUAUCUUCACUUUGGAAAUCGCACUUCCAACCGUGCAGAAAAUACACAUGCUUCUCUAAAGCAUGCCUUUUGUACUUCGUCCGGUAAGCUGAAGACAGCUACCAUGAAAAUUACCAGGUGGUAUGAAGAGUUGGUCGAUAAUAGAAAGCGUAGGUUGACAACGGGGUGUCUCGGAGAGAGCACUACAGUUGUGUUUGAUAAGGUCAAUUCUUCCAGGCUGAAUUAUAUUCGCCACAAAAUGUGUCUUUUUGCAGUGGACCGAAUCAACCUUGAACUCGCCAAAUCAAUAAUACCUGAAAAACUUACAAAAGAGUGCGAAUGCCUCAUUAACUACAAAUAUCUCUUGCCCUGCUACCAUCAACUUGUGCAGUAUAAUAAGAUUCUAAUUUCUUCUAUUCCCAGACGAUGGAGAAUAUACUACUUUGAAGGAGAAGACCACUCAAUUAUCCAUAACGCACUAUCUGUACCUAAAAACAUCACCAAAAUCACCACUACAACACCCCAACUCGCAUAUAAGCUUGAACGGGUUACCCAAAUACUUACCAACGCCCAAAGCGAACAACAGCAAAUACAUUCCGAAGAAUACAUCGACAAAAUAAUAGAAUUAGACUCCAAAAAGAAAUUUGAGGACCUUAAUUGUACAAAAAUAGUGAAAGCUAUCAAAGGCAGACAAAAAAAACAACAACAAAAAACAGUAGCGAUGGAGGUGUGCCAGGACCAGGAGCGAUGGCCUGAAGUCAAAGACAGAAUGCUAGAAGAAUUUUUAACAUACCAACAUACACACUACCGGGGAAGAAUAGAGAAUGGCCAUAUGUCUGCACCCACGAACCCAUUAAUCAUCAAUCUACAAGACAAACACUCGCCCCUUCCUCAACAACAUUGGUUUGAUCCGCCUUGCAACCCAGAGGUAGUACCAAGCGUCGUAUCCUUUGACCUGAACGACAGUCCCAAAGCAAAAACCAUCACCAUCUUUGUCAAGGAAUCAGCUUGGAAAGAGGUAGCUGAAAUUUCUCAAAAUAACAAAAUAAAAUAA